AUGAGCUGUCACAUCUGCUUUUGGAAAGUAUACUUGGAAAGGAAGCAAUACACCGAAGACGACGAUUUGCGCCUCAUCAGGAUCCUGAAGGAACGUAAUGCAGACGGUUCUGAGGGUGGAUCAUCGUCUCAGUCGGCGCGCGAAGCUGAUGUGAGGCAGACGCUCGUGGCGCACGGAGUCGCCGACGAGCACAUCAACGAGGUGCUGGCGCAACUGAAUGUCUUAGUUGCCGAGCCGCCCAAUGGCUCGGCAGUCGCCAACGGCUCGACGAACGGCAACGACACAUCGUCUGCUGGCGCAAUGCUGUCGGAGAACGCGCGUAUCAUACUGGCGCAGCGCUACCUGAUGAAGGACGACGACGGCGAGCCUGUCGAAGACCCGGAUGGGCUGUUUCACCGCGUCUCGAACGCUGUGGCGCAGGGCGAAAAGCCGGAAGUCCGGCAGAUAUGGGCGGGUCGCUAUUACGAUCUGAUGACAUCGCUCAAGUUCCUGCCGAAUUCGCCGACGCUGGUCAACGCGGGCACGGGCGGCAGGGGCUGCCUUUCCGCCUGCUUCGUGGUGUCGCCGGAAGACAACAUGACCUCCAUCAUGCAGGUAGCGACCGACGCAGCAAUGAUAGAGAAGUGGGGCGGCGGCAUUGGCUUCGGCUUCUCGCGUCUGCGUCCGAAGAGCGACCGCAUCGCCACCACUCACGGCGAGGCGUGUGGGCCGAUCGCGGUAAUGAAGCUGUACUCGUCCGUGGGCGCGACCCUGACGCAGGGCGCGUUCCGUCUCGGCGCGCACAUGGGGCAGCUCAACAUCAGCCACCCCGACAUACAAGAGUUCAUCCACUGCAAGGACAACGACGAUACGCUUGCCAACUUCAACAUCUCCGUGCAGAUUACCGACGACUUCAUGCGCGCCGUGGACAACGACGAGGAGUGGACAUUCUACAACCCGCGCGACACGGCGGCGGCCCCGUCAACGAGUCGGCGGGCUCGGUUCGGGCGCGCGACCUCUGGCGCGAAAUCUGCGAAUCGGCGUGGAAGACGGGCGAUCCGGGCGUGGUAUUCAUGGACCGCGUGUGGGACACACAGCCGAACCCGCAGUUGGGCAACAUACAGACGAGCAAUCCAUGCGUAA